UUUGCGAUAUUGAUCUGUGAACAGGUAAAAAUGUCGUGGAUUUUUGAGUUUUUGCACUCAAUUCUGAGAAAAAGAAUCAAAUUUUUGAUUAUCGGAACCCGCUUCUUGCUGGUUCUUACAAUCUUCUUAUGUGGACUAUUAUCCUCUACCGGGGAUAAUUACCGGGAAAAAGGAGAUAUAAUCGUCCAACAACCGCAACACUUUCCAAGCAGUAUUGGAGUGUUGAAUGAAUCGUACGUACACUGGAAUAAUGUCAGAAACGAUAAUACUUGGAUGCCGUUUGACGAAUUAUGCAGGACAUUUAACGGGUGGUCUCUCUGUUGGUGGAUUGUCAUCGUCCCAAUGAUCUUUAGAACGGUAAGAUGGUUAGUUAUUUCACAUAAUAAAAACAAGUUCUUAAUAUCAGCCAUUGCUGAACUUAAAGAACAAGCUUCCGACGUCAUUAUAAAGUACAAAAUUCGAAGAAGGUUGUACAAAAUUUUGAAGCUGCUUGUAAGAAUUUGGUUUCGGCGUUUCCGAGGCUAUAAAAAAUCGAGAAAAAUUGCUAAAAUGAGGAAAGCGGCUUGGAAGUAUGUUCGUCAGGCUCAGAUGCGACAACAUAGAAUUGCAUCAAAAAAGUCAGGACAGAGAAACGGCAAAUUCAUUGGGAAUGGCUUCCAAGUGCCUGCGAGUAAACAUUGUUGCAUAAAAUCUAAAGAACCCAAUACUGAUGCGAGUUUGUUGGGAAAGAGAGAAAGCGAGGAAAAACUGACCAGUCCAAUGCAUGAAGCAUUACUGGAUAACGAUGGUUUGAAUGAAAAAAAUGAAACAUCAACAGGUAAUCAUAUACUAGGUGAUAGAAUCAUUGUUAAACAACAAUCAUCAUCCGAAAAUCGGUCGAUUCGGAGACUUGCCCAAGAAGCAACGUUACCACAUGUGGGCGAAACAAUUGCGUUUCAAAAUUCUUCUGAGGAUCAGCCAGAUGAAAAUUUGGGAUUAGAAAGUCUUUUCGGUCAACAACCAGAAGACAAAGUUAUUGAAAAUUUGAAUGUGCUCGAACCUACUGAUGAAAAUAUGAAGAAUUUUGAGAUUGGCGAAGUUUCGAGUGUGCCAGAACAAACACAUGAAACAAAUUCUAGUAGAUGUAAUUCAGAUAUGUAUCUUUCUGAUACAUCGAGUUUUGAUUCUCAAAAUACCUCAGAUUGUGAUUUACCAUCACACCUUGAAUGGACUGAAAGCGAAAACGAUUCUGACAACUUUUAUAAGUAUGAAGAUAAUUACCGUCGUGUAGCUUCCUCUUCGUCAUUUGAAAGGCCAACAACUCUCCCGGAAUAUUUGAAACAACAAAUAUCUAAACAAAACGAUUGUGUUUAUGAUGGAACGUCAUAUGGAAGCAUUGUAUAUAGUGAUGAUUCAUUCCCGUCUUCCAUAUCAAUCAGAUCUUAUAAUUCAAAAAUUGAAGAAUCGAGUUUGGAAGAAAUAUCGUUUGAAUGCCCUCAACGUAUGCCGUCCGUAACUUCGGGAAUUUUCCUCCCUACAUCGGGAAGCAAAUUCAAGCAAAUUCAAAAUAGGAAAUAUCUCCCGAUGCCUAAUUCGCAAGUUUGCAAAGCAUUAAAAAUCAAAAUACCCAGCGUCAGAAGAGACAGUUGCUCGGAAUAUUCCGAGCCAGAUUCUCGGUCAGCGAGGAGCAAAUUAUCAUCAAGUGCUGAUGUAGAUUUAUCGACAGCAGGAAAAAAUGCAUCUCCUCAAAACCAGGAUAAUUGUGACAGUAUCAACAAGACAGAACUUGAGUCAAAUGAAAAGUUGGAAGAGUUUGACCAAAAUUCUUGCACAUCCAGUAUUGUGAUGAAAAUGCAGCAAGAGGAAAUGUAUUCAAAAAAGGAGGAAACUAUAGUCAGUAACAAAAACAAUGGAUCUGUUCUGAAGUACAAUCUUGAAGCUCUCCGUCAUAAUUUAUCACGAAUGGAUGACAAACAACGAAAAGAAUUCAUUUUCAAAUAUGAAGUUGACCCGUUACCACAUGUGGGCGAAACAAAUGCGUUUCAAAAUUCUUCUGGGGAUCAGCCAGAUGAAAAUUUAGGAUUAGAAAGUCUUUUCGGUCAACAACCAGAAGACAAAGUUAUUGAAAAUUUGAAUGUGCUCGAACCUACUGAUGAAAAUAUGAAGAAUUUUGGGAUUGGCGAAGUUUCGAGUGUGCCAGAACAAUCACAUGAAACAAAUUCUAGCCGAUGUGAUUCGGAUAUGUAUCAUUCUGAUACAUCAAGUUUUGAUUCUCAAAAUACUUCAGAUUGUGAUUUACCAUCAAAUCUUGAAUGGACUGAAAGCGGAAACGAUUCUGAUAACUUUUAUAAAUAUGAAGAUAAUUACCGUCGUGUAGCUUCUUCUUCGUCAUUUGAAAGGCCAACAACUCUCCCGGAAUAUUUGAAACAACAAAUAUCUAAACAAAACGAUUGUGUCUAUGAUGGAACGUCAUACGGAAGCAUUGUAUAUAGUGAUGAUUCAUUCCCGUCUUCCAUAUCAAUCAGAUCUUAUAAUUCAAAAAUUGAAGAAUCGAGUUUGGAAGAAAUAUCGUUUGAAUGCCCUCAACGUAUGCCGUUCGUAAGUUCGGGUAUUUUCCUCCCUCUAUCGGGAAGAAAAUUCAAGCAAAUUCAAAAUGGGAAAUAUCUCCCUAUGCCUAAUUCGCAAGUUUGCAAAGCAUUAAAAAUCAAAAUACCCAGCGUCAGAAGAGACAGUUCCUCGGAAUAUUCCGAGACAGAUUCUCGGUCAGCGAGGAGCAAAUUAUCAUCAAGUGCUGAUGUAGAUUUAUCGACAGCAGAAAAAAAUACAUCUCCUCGAAACCAGGAUAAUUGUGACAGUAUCAACAAGACAAAACUUACGUCAAAUGAAAAAUUGGAAGAGUUUGACCAAAAUUCUUGCACAUCCAGUAUUGUGAGGAAAAUGCAGCAAGAGAAAGUGUAUUCAAAAAAGGAGGAAACUAUAGUCAGUAACAAAAACAAUGGAUCUGAUCUGAAGCACAAUCUUGAAGCUCUCCGUCAUAAUUUAUCACGAAUGGAUGAAAAACAACGAAGAGAAUUUAUUUUCAAAUACGAAGUUGACUCGUAUGAGAACUUGAUAGAAUUAGAAGACGAAAAAAACACACUCGUUGAAAGGAUAAAAUCUUUAGAGAAAUCCCGGAUCAAAACAAAAAAUCCGUUUCGUUUUUUUCGAAACGUCAUUCGAUCAAAGUUUAGUUCGAAAUCAACAAAAAAGAACAAUGUUUUAAAGAAUCAUCUCAAGGCGUCGUUAGCUGAUCUUCAAAUUAGAAUGGAACUGGAACAAAAACAAAACAAAGAAUGUAGAAAAAUUCUCCGUCAAAUCGAGGAAGAUUACGAACGAAAAAUCCGAAUCGGAUCUCAAACAUUGCUGCAUCUUAAACAUUACAUAGUUAAGGACGUCAUACGAGCAAUGAAACUUCGAAAACAAGUUAAAAACCAUCAAAACAGACCAGGAUGUAACAUCCAUUGUCUCGAUUGUAUUUCUGGUUUGCAUUCCAGAAAGACGUGUGAAAAAUUCAUUCCAAAUUUGAGUAAUUCAAUUUUAACUGAGGAAGACGGAUUUCUGUCAACUUGUCCAAUUACCCAACUCAUAAACUGUAAAUACAAAGAGUUAAAUUUGGAUGAUAAUGAGCUAACUAUUGAAUCUAGAUUGGCUGAACUCAAAAAGUUUCAAAAACAAGUACAAUCGGCAUUAUUUAAAAAAUCCUAUUUGAAGAGUGGCCAAUUUAUAUUGCCAUAAACUUUUGUGUCUAUUCCGUGUGUAUUAUUUUUGAAACUUGAAUGUUAUUUUGUUAUAUGUGAUGGAAUAUAAGUUUAUGCUUUGUUCUAUCAAUACUAUUUUUAUUUAUUAAUAUAA